GAAACGCUGGUCUCGUUCUGGCUAGCGGAACACGGGUCUGUUUCUGAUGGCUUGCAUCUACCUGUCAACAACAUAGGAAUAUCCGAAACUGAAGUCUGUGUUGCCCUUUUGUCGUGUGCCACUGUCAGGUCCUUCAGUGCAGCCAAACAAGGCUGCAGUGUUAUGGAUGAACCAUGAAAGCCCAACUUCAAGUUACUGUGCUUUCAGCCAAGCUGAAGGAGAACAAAAAGAACUGGUUUGGUCCCAGUCCUUACGUCGAGGUAGCCGUGGACGGUCAGUCAAAGAGGACUGAAAAGUGCAACAACACACACAGUCCCAAAUGGAAGCAGGCUCUCACAGUGAUUGUGACUCCUGUUAGCAAGCUGAUCUUCCGUGUUUGGAGUCAUCAAACACUUAAAGCAGACAUCCUGUUGGGAAUGGCCACACUGGAGAUCAAUGAGACUCUAAAGGCUAACGACUUGAAAUUAUCUGAGGUGGUGAAGACACUACAGCUGUGCUCUGAGAGAGACGCCCAGGAUAUUGUAGGUGACCUAUCAGUCUGUCUCGACGGCAUGCAGGUAGACCCGGAAACCUUCGCAACGGCUGAGAGAGAACAGGCUUCUGUUCCCAACGGGAAUGCCAGACAAAAUGGAGACACUGGCAACAGGUCAAGUAGAGACACUUCCCCCUCUAGUGACUCAGAGGAGUGGGUGAUUGUACCCAACGGUCAUGCUGUAAAUGGUUCACCUUCCCGAUCUCCAGGGGGCUCCAGCGCCUCGCGUCCUCCCAGACCAGCUCGACCUCCUCCGGCUACUCCUCGCAGACCUGCAGCCUCACCAACCUCUUCUAGCAGUUCCUCUCCAAGUGAGCUUAGUGAAGGUCCAGCUUCAGAUGGCUCCUCUCAGGCGUCGGCUAGUGGAUGUUCAAAUCAGCAGGAUGAUUCAGGUGCAGGAGGAGCAGCUACUGCAGGUUCUUCACAGACAGCAAGUGGUCCAAAACCACCAGAGACCUCCACCACAGCAGCCCUGGCCACAACCCCCAGAAUCACACCAAUGAGCAACGGCCCCUUACCACCAGGGUGGGAGCAGAGAGUGGACCAAAACGGACGUGUGUACUAUGUGGAUCAUAUUGAGAAAAGGACAACCUGGGACAGGCCUGAGCCCCUUCCUACAGGGUGGGAGCGAAGGGUGGACCCCAUGGGAAGGGUGUACUAUGUCGACCACAUAACCAGGACUACGACAUGGCAACGCCCCACGCAGGAGUCUGUGCGUAACUAUGAGGAGUGGCAAAACCAGCGUAGCCAGCUGCAGGGAGCCAUGCAGCAGUUCAACCAGAGAUUCAUAUAUGGGCUCCAGGACCAGUUGGCGGCCACAGCUAAUAAAGAGUUUGACCCGCUGGGACCUUUACCUCACGGCUGGGAGAAGAGAACAGACACAAAUGGCAGAGUAUAUUUUGUUCAUCAUUCGACUCGGACAACACAGUGGGAAGACCCCAGGACGCAAGGGCUGUUAAAUGACAAGCCCCUGCCAGAGGGUUGGGAGAUGAGGUUCACUGUGGACGGUAUUCCAUAUUUUGUAGACCACAACAGGCGAACCACAACCUACAUUGAUCCUCGCACAGGGAAAUCUUCACUUGAGAACGGGCCUCAGAUUACGUAUGUCAGGGACUUUAAAGCCAAAGUGCAAUACUUCAGGUUCUGGUGUCAGCAAUUGUCGAUGCCUCAGCACAUUAAGAUCAACGUCUCCAGGAAAACCUUGUUUGAGGACUCAUUCCAACAGAUCAUGAGCUUCCACCCGCAAGAUCUGCGGCGGAGACUGUGGAUAAUAUUCCCUGGGGAGGAAGGCUUGGACUAUGGAGGUGUGGCCAGAGAAUGGUUCUUCUUGCUCUCCCAUGAAGUGCUGAACCCCAUGUACUGCUUGUUUGAGUACGCUGGCAAGGACAACUAUUGUCUGCAGAUCAACCCAGCCUCCUACAUCAACCCUGAUCACCUCAAGUACUUCAAGUUCAUAGGACGCUUCAUUGCCAUGGCCUUGUUUCAUGGCAAAUUCAUCGACACUGGAUUCUCCCUCCCCUUCUACAAGCGUAUCCUAAACAAACCUCUGGCUCUCAAAGACCUCGAGUCCAUAGAUCCAGAGUUUUACAACUCACUCAUCUGGAUCAAGGAUAAUAACAUAGAAGAGUGUGGUCUGGAGAUGUUCUUCUCAGUUGACAAGGAGAUUCUCGGGGAGGUCACCACCCACGAGCUGAAACCAGACGGCGGGAACCUCCAAGUGACUGAAGAAAAUAAAGAGGAAUACAUCAGAUUGGUGGCAGAGUGGAGGCUCUCCAGAGGUGUGGAGGAGCAGACUCAAGCAUUCUUUGAAGGCUUCAAUGAAGUUUUGCCCCAGCAAUACCUUCAGUACUUUGAUGCUAAGGAGCUAGAGGUGAUGCUGUGUGGGAUGCAGGAGAUUGACCUGGUGGACUGGCAGAGAAACACGAUCUACAGGCAUUAUGCCCGAAGUAGCAAACAGAUCCUCUGGUUCUGGCAGUUUGCGAAGGAGAUGGACAACGAGAAGAGGAUGAGACUGCUGCAGUUUGUCACAGGGACUUGUCGUCUUCCUGUGGGUGGCUUCGCUGACCUGAUGGGAAGCAACGGCCCCCAAAAAUUCUGCAUUGAGAAAGUGGGAAAAGAGAACUGGCUUCCACGAAGCCACACAUGCUUUAAUCGUCUGGACCUCCCUCCUUACAAGAGCUAUGAGCAGCUGAAGGAGAAGCUCAUGUUCGCCAUUGAGGAGACAGAAGGUUUUGGGCAGGAGUAACAGAACUCAAGCAGGAGCUGCAGGAUGGGAUGGAGGAGUGAUAUCCAUUUCACACUAAAGCACCUUUCACCAGAUUUUCCUUUCAGCCAGGAGCUGCUUAUAAGCUGGUAGAUGGACGUACACUGUCAAAAACAGUUACAACUUUUCCUAAGCUGUUUCGUUAUAAAUUCAUUUAUUCCACAAAGACAUGUGAAUCCUCCUCAUCCUGUUUCACUCCUCACAUGUGUGACCAGUCCCCACCCUCAUUACUCAGCCCUGCUAAGCCCACUAUCAGGCUUUGGAGGCCAAAGGGGACGCCUUUCUCACCCUGUCGUGUCUGCACUCGCUGUACGUUGCAUAAGUGCAGUUUCUACACGUGACUCUGUGCAGUAGUAACUUCUUAGGAACUGCCUUGUCAGGUCUUUGCACUAGAAUGAUUAUUUCAGAAGAGAACACAGAUUUGUGCAUUUUAAGAAAACAUUUAAAAGGUUCAUAUGUUAAGCUACAACUUGGCACAAAUAUGUUGUUGGGGUCAGACUCAACUUUAGUUUUCCUUGGUUUCAAGAAUAGACGAUUUUCUUUUUCCUUUUUUCAAACAGAUGACUGACUCGUGUAGCACAUAUAUAGUUUCUUUAAUAACUUUGAUAAAUAUGAUCAUUCUAAUUAAAUAUAUUCUUAUUUUGACAGGUUGAUUUCUUAAUUUUAUAAUGAGUUGACAAUGUUGAACUUUGCACAUAAUGAAGCGAGCGGUUAGACGGAUGUGAUUGUUCUUAAGAGAGGUUGUAUUUUUUAUGUGCAAUAGUUUUGUAGAAAACAUUUUUGCCUAUGAUAGAGCCGAAACAGUGAUUUGUUUGAUCAUUUUUGUAAUGUCAUUGAUUAUGUCAUUGAUUGAGCAUUUACUAAUUAUUUAAAAUUCUAAACGUUGUGCUUUUAAAAGUGUAUAAAAAUGCAACUGGUCUGGUUUUGAUUCGAUGAACUUUGCCUUCUCAAAAAAGGUCUAUGCUGUUCUAAAUGUCAGCCUGAUGGAACAUGGAUGGAUUUAUGGCUUGUUACUAAUGAAGUGGGAGCAUCAGGAUGUGUUAUGUAAUCGAGAGAAGAAAAAAAAAAUGAUGUGUUGAAAAACAAUUGGCUGUUCCCACUGAAUGGUAGCCAUUUCUGGAUGACAAGGAGUUAGUAUUAUGCUAGAUCAAUUCUGAAGAUAUAAAAUCCUAACUGUUAAUGAUGUGUUAAGUUACUAAUGAAGUUUGUGUAAAUACUCUUUAAAAAGUAGGACCUGUGUUUCAUAUCCAUAUUCACUUAGUUCAUCAAAACAUUGGACCCCUUUUAAUUUUAUAGUAAGGAUUUCAAUUCAUGUUAUAGAAAAUGACCCUAGUUUUAUAGGGUGAUAGGUUUCUGGAUUUGUACAGUACUUGUGGAUCUCUCCUCCCCCCCUCCAGAAAUAGCUGUACUCACAUUAUCUCUUAAGCUUCAUUUAAAUAUCAGGUAGAGUAUGACUUCAAGAAAAACACAAGGGGACCUAUCUACCAAAGUCAACAAACGAAAAUACUUUUAAUGAGUAGUAGCUGUCCAGGUGUUGAGCCCUUUAGUCUGAGGUUCGGCAAUGUGGUGUAAAUUAUGUGGUAUAUUUUCAAUGUGCAUCUGAGGUCAUUGAAAACUGCAAUUUUAAAUUACGUUUGAGCGAGUUCCCUUUAUCGAAUUUCAAUGCUAGUUCGACAUUAAACAAAAAUACUGGUUUGUCUCCUCAAUGGUCCGAGCUCCACGUUGAGACGAUGGUGUGUUUACUCUCAGUAAAUACCAGUUACUGCUCAUUUUAUGAACAGAUAAGAUGUUUCACAAUCCUCCACAUUUUCCUGUACUCACAGUAAUUCAAUACACACACAUACUAGUGAAAAGAUCAUUGUAAGAUUUUAGAAAAAGAAACCCUGUUUAUAUGUAAACAGAUACGAACUUGUAGUAUAGCACCUCUACACUCCAAACGUGUUGAAUAAACCACUUCACUGUUUUAAUCACUGAUGUGUUCCAGAUCAUGGAGCAAUUAAAAUGUAUAGAAAUAUGCAAAAUGGUGUUUUGUUUUCUUGUAUUGAUUGAAUUGUAAAUCAUGUUGAUAGUGUUAUCACUGUUUUUUUUUUUUUUUUGAGGCUCUAACUUUUUUAAUCAGGCAAAGUCAGCGGUUGAAGACUAUUUAUUUGGAGGAUGGGUUUCAUGUAACAAACAAUGGACAGGAUUGAUUGAGGAAUAAAACAACUACAAUAAAAUGAUUAAGACACUGGG